AUGGACGACACUCGGGGCUCUGAGCUCUGCUUCCCCAACCUCAACUCCUCCUGCAGGCGUCUGCUGCGACCACGCUCUGAGACUGUCCUACUCUACACCCUAGUUGCAUCUGUCUCUCUGCUCAAUGUGACACUCAAUUUGCUCGUCAUCAUCUCCAUCUCCCACUUCCGGCAGCUCCACACCCCGACCAACACUUUACUCCAGUCUAUGGCUGUGUGUGACCUGGGGAUGGGGCUGCUGGUGAUGCCUGUUGAAGGCCUGCGCUACAUUGAGUCAUGCUGGCUGCUGGGGAGGAUAAUGUGUGCUCUGUCUACUUAUGUAUUUUACUGUCUGGCCACUGGUGUUUUUGGCCACAUGGUGCUCAUAUCCAUUGACCGUUAUCUGACUAUUUGUGUGAACACCUCCACCAGCUUGUCCUAUUAUCCCAUAUUGUUGUGGAUCCCGAUGCUGAACUCUUGUCUAAACCCUCUGAUUUAUGCCAUGUUCUAUCCCUGGUUUAGAAAAGCUAUAAAACUCAUCAUCACACUCAGAAUACUGCAGGAUAACUCCCGGGAGGUCAAGAUCCUGUAG